AUGCAGCCCAUCGCUCCAGCUCCACUGCGCCCAGUUACCUCCAACCCUUCCUCUACCCCUAACGCCUCGGUCCCUCGGCUUCGCAAGGCAUCAACAGCAUGCCGGGAGUGCAAACGAACUAAGGCGCGGUGUCAAAUUAGAGAAGGCGCCUCCCUGUGUGACCGGUGUACCGAACGUCGCCUUUCGUGUGUAUUCGACUUGGAAGAAGACAAGCGGCGGAAGCUGGCGGACAAACGGAAGAUUGUAAAGCUGGAGGAAGAGCGUGAUGACUUGCUGCAGCUAGUCAAGACACUGCAAAAUAGCUCUGACUCCAAGGCUAUGCAAGUUUUCAACCUCAUGCGAAGUAAGGCUCCACUCAGCGAAGUCAAACUUCACAUAGAUAACGACAUUUCGGAGCUUGAUCGAGAAACCACGCCGACCUUGGCUGGAAUCGACAAUCAGACGCCGAUGCUGGGAAAUGAGAGAAAACAAACGUCCUCGCAUCGAGCGCCGAAUAUCCAGCAUCUCGUAGAUAUACCCAUCUAUCGUAUUUCAGCGGCCCCGUGGACCUCGGUCACUGAAAGUGACGAUUUUCUCUUUCUUCGUGACGCUGUGGCAGGAAAGACGAAUUCGCAAUUUUGUUCUCCAUUCCUUGUGAACUGCAUUCUGGCCGAGGCAUGCUAUCACUCCGACUAUCCGGAGGCUUAUGCUGACCCGAGUAAUCCAAAUUCGAAAGGCGUCCAUUUUUACGAGGAAGCGCGGAAGCUCUACGAGAAGAUAGAGGGUCGGCUUGACAUGCCAUCCAUCCAAGGCUGCGGGGUGCUGUUCGUGUGUAUGGCGGCUAUGGGAAAAGAUCGCAUGGGCUGGUGGUAUCUCGGUCAAGUUCGCAGCAUAGUUGAGGAAUGCGUUAAGAAGCAUCUUGACUCGCCGUCCACGACCCCUACCAGGGAAAGUCGCGCAAUUGACAAUACCAUCUGGGGCAUCUACAAUCUUACAGCAACGGCAUCAAUCUCGCUCAUGAAGCAUAUGGCCAAUGAUCAUUCCCAGGAAGAUAUCUGGGCCGCGUACCCCCGGCAAAUGGAUCCAGUUCAAUCCCACAUCCCUUGCGUGCUGAACAGGUUCACUGCGCUAAGUGAGAUCAACGUGGAUGCGAAUCGACUCGUGUUCGCGAGCGGCCUCAAGUCACCGCGCGAUGAACUGGAAAGGGCCCUGAAAGAUAUCCAGAAACGGCUAGACGACUGGAAGAGCAAACUUCCUACAUGCCUAACCCCCGACAACCCCACUGUUCCUCAAUCGUUGAGUUUGCAGUAA